CUAGUUUAUUCUUUUCCCACCAUUUUUUCAUCUCUUUCUGCGGGGCAAUUAAUAAUCCGCCCCUUCGUAAAAGUGUUUGGUAGUGCCUGUCCCCUGGAACACGUCCUCUCGCAAAGCUACCGUCCCCCGGAAACACAUCGUCAUAAUCGUCGCUAUGCCCUUCAGAAAGAAUACCAGCCCGCUGCUGGCACUUGCCGCCAUCAGCCUGGUGUUCCUGCAAACUGCUGCCGCUGCCACCACUGCGCCGCGCCAGCUACUGCUUCGCCACUCUGCAGGCGAUCACAGCCACAGCGAGGAGGAGACUGACUGCUACGCGUCGGGCGUCGAUGAUUGGAGCUCGAGCAUGCACAUCGCCGCCAUCUUCAUCGUCCUCGGCGUCGGCGGCCUGGGCUCGAUGCUGCCCAUCAUCAGCCACUACAUGCCCGGCCUGCACGUCUCACCGAGUAUCCUGACCCUGGGCAAGUUCCUGGGAACCGGCGUCAUCAUUUCGACCGCGCUCAUCCACAUGCUGCCGGCUGGCUCCGACAGCCUCGGCAACCCGUGCAUCGGCAGCCGCAUGGGCAACUACAGCGGCUGGCCGGGCGUGCUGGUGAUCAUGGCCAUCUUUGCUAUGCAUCUGAUAGAGUUCCUGCUGUCCAACCACACCAUGGAUGGCCACUCGCACAGCCACGGGCUUCCCGGCGAUCUGGUCUACUCUGCAGAGCCCGAGCCGCUGAACCUCGAGUCACAGAUCAUGGCGCACGAACAUAACCACCACAGCCACCUCAACGACAGCUCCAACGCUACCACCAUCAGCGAGGUCGAGCAGAAGCCUGACAUGACGCCGCCAGUUCAUGAGUCCAUCGGCUUUGACACUACCGAGAACAACGAGAACUGCGAUGCAGUGGCUGUCCACACACACCACAACCACGUCCACGGCUUGUCGUUUGUCGGCGGCAGCGAAGACUCGAUCAAGGCACGCAAGAUCCGCAUCUCUACCUACAUCCUCGAGCUCGGUAUCUGCCUACACUCCGUCAUCAUCGGGGUCACCCUGUCAGUGACAGUGGGCUCUGAGUUUAAGACCCUGCUUAUCGCCAUUGCAUUCCAUCAGUUCUGCGAAGGUCUGGCACUGGGCAGUCGUCUGGCACAGAUAAAAUACGCUCGCCACUCGUUCAUUCGCGCCUUUAUCAGCGCUGCCAUGUUCAUGCUCAUUACCCCCAUCGGCAUGUGCAUCGGUAUUGGCGUCCGCUACUCGUACGCGCCCAACUCGCCUUCGGCGCUAAUCACCAUGGGCGUGCUCGACUGCCUCUCGGCAGGCAUCCUGAUCUACAGCGGUCUGGUCAAUCUGCUUGCUGAAGAGUUUGGCACCCUCGAGUUCCGCAGCUACAAGCGCGGCAUGAAGACUGCCUGCUUCAUUGCCAUGUUUGUGGGCGCGGCCAUCAUGGCAGUCAUCGGCAAGUGGGCCUAAACACGCUGCUGUGAAAGCACCCCCCCCCCCGUAUAUAUAGUUAUCUCGUUCCUUUUUUCCACUCUUCCACGGCAAUUAUAAUAUACUUUCAUCACCAG